UUUGAUAAACACGUUUUAUAAGUUAGGUGCAACUUUCCUAUCAAGGCAAGUGAUCAUUUCCCUAAAUCAACUUAUUAGCAGGAGCUUACAUGAGUUUGGUGGUGUUUUUGUGCUGUAGUUUCUUUGAGUUGCUGAGAUAGCUUGAUGAUGGAGAAUGAUGAGGGAAAAGGGAUUCAUUCUGAUUCACCAGAAAAGGGUGCUACUGGAAAACCUCCUGAGCUGACGUGGCAGAGGAAGCUCAAUCACACUUCUCCUCUACCCAAAGAGUACUCUGUUAGAAUUGGAGAGAUUUUGAAUUUGCUUCCGUUGGGAGUGAGGUUGUUCCGGCAUAUUAAGGAAGAAGCAGACAAGGGAACGCCUUCAGUAGUUGAUCCUUAUCAUAAGCGCCUGCUCACGUGUUGCCACGGUGUUCCUUUAGGUGGCAUUGGGUGUGGAAGCAUUGGGAGAAGCUUGAGAGGCGAGUUCCAACGCUUUCAGCUCUUCCCGACAGUAUGUGAAGACACCCCAAUUCUAGCAAACCAGUUUUCAGCUUUCAUUUCACGCUCGAAUGGACGCCAAUGUAGCACAGUUUUGUGCUCCACAAGUCCAACUAUCAAGGGAAAGGAGAAAGGAGAGGGCAUUGAAUCAUGGGACUGGAACCUUGAUGGAGAGAAAUGCACCUAUCAUGCUUUAUUUCCAAGAGCUUGGACAAUAUAUGAUGGUUUACCUGAUCCUGAGAUCAGCAUCACCUGCCGUCAGAUCUCACCAUUUAUACCACAUAACUAUAGAGACAGCAGCUUCCCUGUUGCUGUAUUUACAUUUACGAUCAAAAACUCAGGGACGACUUCCGCUGAUGCAACGCUGCUUUUCACAUGGGCCAACUCAGUGGGUGGAGAUUCCGGAUCUAGUGGUGGCCAUCUUAAUGAAUGCAGCAUGAUGGAACGAGGUGUGCAUAGUGUGCUUCUGCAUCACAACACAUCCGACCAACGCCCUCCCGUGACUUUUGCUAUUGCUGCUCAGGAGACAAAUGAGGUUCAUGUGUCGGAAUACCCUUGUUUUCUGAUAUCAGGGACUACUUCACAGAUAAUGACAGCAAAAAGAGUUUGGGAAAAUAUUAAAGAGCAUGGUUCCUUAGACAGAAUUAAAGAUGAUGCGAAACAAUUACCUUCCCAAGUAGGUUCAUCCAUUGGAGCUGCCCUAUCGGCUUCUGUGAAUGUCCCACCAAGCUCGUCUAGAGUUGUAACGUUUUCUUUGGCAUGGGAUUGCCCUGAAGUAAGAUUUUCAAGUGGAAAGACUUACCACAGAAGGUAUACAAAGUUUUACGGUGCAAAUGGUGAUGCUGCAGCGAGAAUCGCAUCAGAUGCUAUUCUAGAACAUACAAAGUGGGAGCACCAGAUUGAAGAAUGGCAAAGACCAAUCUUGGAAGAUAAAAGGCUUCCAGAAUGGUACCCAAUCACUCUUUUCAAUGAGCUCUACUAUCUUAAUGCAGGGAGCACAAUCUGGACAGAUGGAUCCUUACCAAUCCAAAACCUCUCCUGCAUUCUGCAACAGAGAUUUUCCAUAGGCAAAGAAUCUGUGGAGUUUAGCCAUAAAAAAGAUGAAGAUAUGUCAAGUAAUAUUCUUGAAAGAAUGAGAGCUAUUGUCGAGGAUGUGCAACCUCCGUUGACAUCAAAUUCUGCUUUUGGACCUUGUUUGCUGGCGCCCGAAGAAGAGAACGUAGGGCAGUUUUUAUAUCUGGAAGGGAUAGAGUAUCACAUGUGGAAUACUUACGAUGUCCAUUUCUAUUCAUCUUUCGCUAUGCUGAUGCUGUUCCCGAAGCUGGAGCUGAGCAUCCAGAGAGACUUUGCCAUGGCAGUGAUGAUGCAUGAUCCGCGCAAGAUGAAGAUAAUGAGUGAUGGCACAUGGGUUCCGAAGAAAGUUCUUGGUGCUGUCCCACAUGAUAUUGGGCUUAACGAUCCAUGGUUUGAAGUGAACGCGUAUAACCUCUUUAACACAGACAGAUGGAAAGAUUUGAACUCCAAAUUUGUUCUUCAAGUGUACAGAGAUAUGGUUGCGACCGGAGAUAAAAGUUUUGCAAAGGCUGUUUGGCCUGCAGUGUUUGUGGCCAUAGCCUUCAUGGAUCAAUUUGAUAAAGACGGUGAUGGAAUGAUUGAGAACGAAGGCUUCCCCGACAUGACAUAUGAUGCUUGGACUGUUACAGGAGUGAGCUCGUAUUGUGGAGGGCUCUGGGCUGCAGCACUUGAAGCUGCCUCAGAAAUGGCGCGCGAGCUUGGCGAUGAGCCAUCUGCUGAAUUCUUGUGGUUCAAGUUUGAGAAGGCGAAAUCUGCGUACGAAAAGCUAUGGAAUGGUUCCUACUUCAGUUAUGACAGUGGUGCAACCAAAAGUAGCGCGUCGAUUCAAGCAGACCAGCUGGCUGGGCAGUGGUACGCUAGGGCGUGUGGGCUUUCGCCUAUAGCGGAUGAGCAAAAGGUGAGAAGUGCCCUUCGGAAAAUAUACGAGUUCAACGUUAUGAAAGUGAAAGGAGGCACGCGUGGCGCUGUGAAUGGAAUGAGGCCUAAUGGAGAAGUGGACACAUCAGCUUUGCAGUCUAGGGAGAUUUGGACAGGGGUUACUUAUUCAGUUGCUGCUGCUAUGUUGCAAGAGGGCAUGUCUGAUAUGGCAUUUAAGACAGCAUUUGGUAUCUAUGAAUCUGCAUGGUCUGAAAAAGGUUUUGGGUUUUCAUUCCAAACUCCGGAGGGAUGGGAUGCGGGGGGAGAAUACCGGUCGUUGUGUUACAUGAGGCCGUUGGCGAUAUGGAGCAUGCAAUGGGCCUUGUCGACUCAUCAAGGGCCGGGUAAGAGGGUCGGGAUGAGUGGUGAUAAUAAAAUAAAGAGGCAUGCUGGAUUUGAAAGGGUUGCAAAGCAGCUCAUGUUGCCCAAACAAGAGCCUUCCAAGAGUUGGACACAAUUGUUCCAUGAGUUUCUUUGCAGAAAAGUGUUUGUGUAUCUUCCAUCAUAAGAUAUGCAUUAUAGAUAUGCAUGCUGCUGAGCUCUCUCUAAUUAUGAAAAACUAAUUGUUCCUCUUGCAUACCAACCAUGUACACAAAUAAUUGAGUUAUAUAAAUUGCUGAGACAAAUUGCAAAGGGUAGUUAUAUAAUAUUGUUAAAAAACUACUCCCUUCGUCCAAUAAUAAUUGUCACUCUUUUCCA